GAUGUGAGGGGUGUCAGAGUACAUUUGCUUGCUUCCAGCCCUGAUAGUGGUGGCUGAGUCUGGUAUCAUAUAUUGGAAUUCAGCCCUCCAACUGGGUUAUCCAGCUACUCCCCUAUCUCUGCACUUUGUUAAGUCUUUACAAUUGACAAUAUUUUGGUUAGAAAGUUACACCUCAAGAUGCUCUUUUAUUCCCUCCUGUUAUUUGCGGUGUCCUGCGCUGCGCUGGCCAUCGACUCCCAUGCCCUCAAGACCCGCCAGGCGGCAGUGGUCCAAGAUACAUUCAACGUCUACGCCUAUGGGGAUGGAAUAGGUGGAAUGUCUCUCUUCUACGCAGACGCCAAAGCACAUAUCGGCGACGUGGCCCUAUCCACCGCAAAGACAGCUCAACCAGUAUACUUUACCGUCUCCGAAACCUCUCAGAACUCCUGGAUCGCCCACCCUAACAACACCGGGACCGACUCAAGCGAGGCCGCGUUCCAGACCACAGUACUCUCGCUCCCAGAUGCAGACUCGGAGGACGGGGCAGUUAUGUUCAAGGAGUCUACAACGGAACAGCUUAAAUCUCAAGAAGCUAGUGUCUUUGAGUGCUACGGGGACUACGUGAUGACCAAAAACCAAAAUGCAAACUUCUACGCCGUUCCGACCGACGCGGAUGGUGUGUAUUCGCUGGUGUGGAGCGAUGUUGCCUCUGGCAAGAUCCCUGUGGUUUUGAGAACAAUGGCCCCGGUUACUGAAGCAUUGUCCUAGAUGGGCUGUUUGUUGGACAGUGGCGAAGAGUAUGGAACCCUGCUGUCGUCAGUAUGUUAUUGGUGUAGAGAAGGCCAAUGAAUACGAAAUUUGUUAGCAAAGACAUCCACUAAGUUGUAUUCCAAUAAGCC